AUGUUGCCUGGAUUUAGAUUUAACCCUACUGAUCAAGAACUUGUGGGCUUCUAUCUUCUCCACAUCAACAACCGUCAAGAUUCUGCUAGGGAGUUUCCUGUUCCAUUCUGCAAUUUCUACGGUGACGAAGAGCCUUGGGAGAUUUGGAAAAGAUUCGGUGGAGAGCAGAAGAAUAAUCUUGAACGUCUUUUCUUCCACACCAAGCUAAAGAAGAAGGCUACGAGGGGCACCGGCACCAACAUUGAUCGCAAGUUUGGUUCUGGAGGCGGAGGAUGGCACGGUGCGACUUCCGGUGAGAAAUCACCCAUUCAUGUUUCUGAUUUAGUAGGCUACAAGAAGAGUUUCAGUUAUUGGAACAAAUCGAGACCGGACCAAGACCGGUGUUGGAUCAUGACGGAGUACAGUGUGGAGGGAAGGGGCUGGGAUUUUGUGAUUUGUGAACUGAAACCUGGCAGAAAACAGACGGAGAAAAGAAAGCAGGAGGCUGCGGUACUUGAGAGUGGAGAGAAACGAUGCCGGAUUGAACAACACAAUGGAGAGGCUGUUGCGACUCUAACUGAUGAAGACAAAGGAUGCAGGAUUGAAGCUGAGGGUGGAGUUUAUUUGGAAGAGGGUGGAGUACAUGCAAAUUAUUAUGAUGAUAAGGGGUUAGCUCCACGUGGAAGCAAUGAAGAAUUUGCAGUUGAAGAUGUACUCUCAUCUUUCUGGGAUUAUCUGCAUGACGGUCACAAUUCUGAGGUGAUUAGGGUAUAUUCGAGUAUCCUGCUUGCAAAUUUAGAUGCGUUUUCGGUUCUUUCAAUUCCCAAAGACUCUAAAUUUACUAGGCAGAGGAUUCAUAGAAGUAGUAACACCCAAGAAAAAUUAUAUCACUUCUUCCAAGCCGCUGUUGCUUUGUCUGAGCCGUUGCUGCCUUCUUCAGAGCCGCUGCCGCCUUCGGCAUAUCCUGAGAAUGGAGAAGAUGCAUUGGAAUGGGAACACCAACAAGUAGAUAGACUAAGACGAAGUCCUUUACUUUCUUGGAGAACUUCCUACCCUUCCCGCGCGCGAAGCAUCUUGAUGAAUUGCUCAAUUCUGAGGUGGUGA